AAACUGAGUUGCCUGUCUUUUGCCAGGAUUUCAGCAGACAAACAACUUUGUGUCACUGUUUGUAGAAGUUUGGAAAAUGGUUGCAAACAAAAUUUCAAUAUUGAAACAACUUAACAGUUACAUGGUUGAAACAACUUCAAUGUUAUAACUUUGAAAUACUGUCAAUUUUUUAAAGUUGAAUUUUAAAGUAAUUCGAAGUUACGCUGUUACUGUCAUUAUUUCAAAUUUGUUUCAAUAUUGAAAUCACAAUUUUUUCAGCGUUUGAAUUGCAAUACUGUUAAUUUUACUUGAACAUGUCCGUUAAAGUUUGAUUGUUUACAAUUUGUGUAAUUGUAUAAUAACUUUUCUAUAUAAAACUCAGUGCUCCAGCUAGCCUGUUUUUCAAUGGCACAGCACCCAUGCCCCUUUUCUUACCGCCCUGCCCCCUUUUAGAGUAGUGCCCUUUCCACAAAUGCUCUAUUAGCGCCAAUUAUCCCAUUUUUACUAUUGAAAUCAUUGUGAAAGAUCGGCAGCCGCUGUCAUAAUUGAGACAAAUUACGUAGUACUUAUGAUAAUAGUAUUUCCGCUAGGUGUCACCAUGCUGCCCCAUUGCCGACUGCUUAAAAUAUGCCAUACUGCCCUUUCAUCUUCCCAUAUGCCUUGUAUUAGUCAUAUGACAGCUAAUUGUUUAUUUGUGUAGUGAGCAGAUGACCUGUGUAAUAAUAACAUGUCAUCUCUUAAUCCGAUAUUUAGGAAGAGCCAAAUAGGGAACAUCGGCAGGAGGCGGAGCUAUUGAAUGCCAGCCAAUCAGAAUAUACAUUGAGAACUCGUUCAUUCAAUGAUGAAAGUUCGUAAAAAGUGAUAGAAAAUGUGAGGGGAUGCUGAAAAAUGUUGUCAAACCCAAUUAAAUAUUUUAAGAUAUUUGUAUUGUACAGACGAGACUCGCCAUUUUAAACAUUUAUUGUUUUGAAGCAGACGGUCACUGCCGAUUUGUAAACACAGGAAAAGUGGCGCUAACACAAUCAAAUACAUCACUUUUUCAGUAAAUGUUUUGAAAGUUUAUUUGUAAAGUAUUCAUGAUGAAAAUUUCUUUGUAAACCGCCAUUUUGUCAGAACGAAUUUAUUUUAAGAACAAGUUAUUUCAUCGAUUUUAUAUGUUUUAUAAGUGAUUUUUUAAGCUAGGGCAGUGAUUUUUAUUGUCAUUUUAUUCUAAAACAUCAGCAUAUUAAACAUUAUUUUACCAAAGACAAUUAAAUAACAGCCAGGCUGAAUGUAACAUUUGUACCCAAUCCUGAACGUAUCAAAUUAAGAUUCGUCCCCUACAUAUUUGUUUUUUGUGUAUUUAUUUAUUUGAUUGCUUCAAAUGUUUAACCGUCUUUGUUUUUUUCCUCAUUUUACAUGAUGUUUAGGAGAAAUAAUUAUGUGACAUUGCACUAAAGAAGACUCCAGACAAGUACAUUUAUACUAUACCGCAGAGAAAAAAACAAAUUUUAAUUUUGAUAUUAAAACACUCCUUUCUAAAUUUUGAGAGAAAAAAACCCAUUUUGUUCAAGUUUAAAAAUCAUGGAAAAUGAUUUAAAUUGAGUAUGAAAACAAAACAAAUUCUAGGGUGAGACCCUCCUCCCCCAUCCCCCAAAAAAAACAACCUUGUGACCGAGGUGGACCCCUCCCACAACCACCCCCAAUCGCCCCUACACGUCUCAUGUAGCUUGCCCUUUUCAAAACUCCACCCUGCCCUUUUUAAAUCCUGGCUGGAGCACUGAAACUAUAUGCCAAUAAUUGAGCAUUGGAAAUUGUUUUCAUAUGAGGUGAUCCAAGCAAUUCACUAAACUCCUUUUGCAAGUCUCUUUUACAAAGUUCUGAACUUUGACUUCAAUCACUUUCAUAAGGUUUAAAGUGGCACUCUUAUUCAAAAUCAAUACAAACACAUGCAAAACAAAUAUAAAUUUUGAGUGAUACACCCUCAAAUACUAACUAAAUAAUGCACUUAUGGAAAAUAUUAAUAACUAUUAAAAAUAUUUUAACCGUGUAUUUAAUAGCUGAAAACACAAAAAUAUUUAAUGAUUGGUGAAUGCUAAAAGAUUUACUGCGAUCUACUAUGGUCUCAUAAGAUUGUAAAAAACAGAGCUGGUGAUAUGUGACUUUUCCAAGACUCCUCACCAAAAUGCCAAUUUUCCAAAAGCUAUUCGGCAAUGCCGAUGAGAAGGGGAGACCUGCUGUCACCCCUCCGGGCCUGCAGACAAUGGGUGCUCCUCUGCAGAGAAAGUUUGCCAAAGGAGUCCAGUAUAACAUGAAAAUUAUUAUUCGUGGGGACAGGAAUGUAGGGAAAACAACACUGUACCAAAGACUGCAAGGGCUGAAGUUUGCUGAGGAAUAUAUACCUACAGAUGAAAUACAAGUUGCCAGUAUCCAGUGGAAUUACAAAGCCACGGAUGACGUUGUGAAAGUUGAAGUUUGGGACGUGGUAGACAAAGGCCGUGGAAAAAAGAAGAAAGAAGGCUUGAAAUUGUCCACUGAUGAGGAUGAUAGUGACAAUGAACCAUGCCUGGAUGCCAACUUUGUGGAUGUUUACAAGGGUACCAAUGGUGUCAUAUUGAUGUAUGAUAUCACCAAACAAUGGACAUAUGACUAUGUUGAGAAAGAGGUGUUGAAAGUUCCAACAAGCAUCCCGAUCUUAAUUCUCGGUAACCAUAGGGACAUGGGCCAUCAUCGCACAGUACUAGAAGACAAGGCCAGAUACUUCAUAGAGGGACUUGAUAGGCCUGAGACUGCAGGUGAGAUCCGGUAUGCGGAGUCUUCCAUGAGAAAUGGCUUUGGAUUGAAGUACAUACACAAGUUCUUCAAUCUGCCAUUCCUUCAACUGCAGAGAGAGACAUUGCUUAGUCAACUGAAGACGAACAAUGAAGACAUGCUCUCCACCAUAGAAGAACUGAACAUACAUGAAGAGUCAGAGGAACAAAACUAUGAUGUGUUUAUAGAGACGUUGUCCAAGAAACGUAGAGAGGGUCAGGAAGCACAAGGGAUCCAGGGAAUUAUUGCUGCUCCUAAACCUCACCCCAUACCCACCAAACCCAGCUCACUUCCCAAUGUGCCACGCUCAGUUUCUGCCCCAGUCAGUGUUUCCUCAGUCAUCAGUCCAGAUGUCAAACAAACAUUAGCCACACCCACGUCUACAUUGACUUCACCCUCUUCUGUUGUCAACUCACCUAUCACAGAAGCCAAAGAACCAAUGGACACUCCCACCAGUCAAACCAAGGGGACAUCUCAAACUACUCCAAAGAAACCUGCCGAGCAGAAGACAGGGUUUUUCUCAAAGUUGUUUAGCAAGAAAAAUACACCACAGACACCUGAAACUCCAGUGAUAGAAUCUGAGGUGAGUGCAGAUCCAGAAGUGCCGGUAAGCAGUGUGGAUGACUUUGUACCUGACACAGGUGUUCUUGACGACAGCUUCCUUAACGAUACUAAGGAGGUCAAGGACGUUGCCAAUGCAAAUGAUAACCAGUCUGACAGUGAUGACGAGGAUGCAGGAAACCCAAUGGUUACCGGUUUCCAAGACGAUCUAGAUUCUGAAGAUGAGGUUGACUUGACAGCACAACCUUCAAAAGCUCCAAAAAUAGCUCCUGACCUUGACAUUUCCAGUGAAGAAGAAGUCAAUACCCAUUCAAGACCACAAGUUGUGAAAUAUGAUGAAGACUACCUUUCCUCAGACAAUGAGGCUAAUCCAAUGGGUAGUGGUGAUCAUGAAAUCAAAGCUGCUAAAGUUUCUGUUGUGAAAAACAGUGUUAGUGUGAUGCUUUCUUCUGACAGUGAGGAUAACGAUGAAGUCAAUGCAAAUAAUUCUAGUGAUAACAAUGAUUUUAACAGGUUAAAAGUUAAUACUCCACCUAGAAAAGGAUCUAAUUCUUCAGGUGGUAAUAGUGAUUCAGAAAAACAAGCAAGCAGAAAAAGUUCUAGUUUAAGUUUGAAAAACUCCACAAAAGUAUCUGCAGGUUCUGAAAUGAGAAAACUUUCAUCUGAUUCCAGCAAGUCUGAAAAUAAACUGACCAAUGGAAAUAAGGGUAACAAUGUAUUGACCAAUGAAAAACAGCGUAAAAUUGAAUCGACCAAUCAUGAGUCAGACACCGAGUCAGGUGAUGAGGGUGGCCAUGUGGCUGUUCUUAAAGACACUGAUAUCAACCCAGACGACUUUGGUGGUGCUGAUGUCUUCAAUGAUUGGCUGGAUAAACAGCAGACGGAGGCUCAAGCUAAAGAAGAAAAUAAGGACCUCAAAGAGUCCCAAAAGAGUAAAAAAAAGAGCCACCAGGCAGUUGAUCUCAGUGAUGAUGGUGCUGAAAAGGAGGUGAAGAAAAAGAAAAAAAAGAAAAAAGACAAGGAUGAAGAAGGGCCUGAAAAGAAGUCUCGUAAGAAGGAGAGAACAAAAAGCGAGAAGAGCAGCAAAGAAAAAGACAAAAGAGAGAAAACUGGGGAUGGUGAAAAGAAGAAGAAAAAGAAGAAAAAAGCUGAGGAAGUUGGAAUGGAUGAUUUGGAGAAGUUUCUUGAGGAUGAGAAUAGUGGGGAAACAAACUAUGAGACGUUAUAGAGAAAGUACUUAGUAAAGUUUUGAAUGUGACAAGGGUGUAGCAUUAAUGUGACUCAUGUAAAACUUAUAUUCUUAGCAUUACAUGAAUGUUGAAAAAUGGAAGAUGCAAUGACACAUUGGUAUUAGUAUAACAUUGAAAUCUAAAGAAAAGUUGAAUAUUUAAAGUGUUGUGAUAUUUUAUGCAAAUUUGGAAUGCCCUUUACAUAGAAAAACUAGGUAACAUGUUACCAUUUAUAUGAUUGCAAUUAAUAUGAAGGUAACCUGUUGCUACAUAUUGGAUUAAGGUUAGUGAAAGAAAUCAAGAAUAUCUUUUAGUGACUAAAAGUACCAGUGUGUUCAAUUUAUAUGAAUAAUGUCAAAACUUGUCGUCUUUGUAAAUGUAUUGUUUACAAAAGUUCAAUGCUACAACAUAGUUUUACAUAUUUGAUCAAUCAGGUGUGUUUAUUCUUGUCAGCUCAUGAUUGUAAAGUGUGUUAUUACUUACCUUUAAUUAAUAAUAAUUUGAUUUAUUUUGUUGCAGAAAGUUGUUGAAACAUCACAAAUAACCUACUUACAACUCUUUUUCAUCUUUUAAACAAACCCAACAAACAUAAACUUUGCUUACUAACUGUUUGAAUGUUCCAAGAUGUGUGUAUUGACUAUUCUUACCUGCUAUUUACUCUUCACUUGCAAUGUAUAGUGUAUAAAUGUCUUUUUGUGAGAUUGUAAUUUAUUUUGUACAGAUGUUAGUAUAUUUUUUUUAAGGUUUUAGUUCAAUAGUUACAGAAGGGUGUUGCCCCUGUUCUUUUUAUAGCACCCUUCUGUCAUCAUGGAUACAAGUAUAUCCACUUCCUGCCUUUAAUGCAUCAAACAUUUCUUUUUCUUAAGGUAUGUCUUUAAAUAUAUACAUACUUGACAAUUUUGCAAUUUAAACCUUAUAUUACAAUUUAGCAAAAUUCAAAACAUUUGCUGCGAAAUUCAUAUUGUUAAACUUUUUCACAGCCUGAUGCAAUGUGUCUGUUUCUCCCUUAGCACCUUGUCUUUUUUCUACAGCACCCUGUCUCUUUUCUGCAGCACCCUGUCCUUUUUCUGCAGCACCCUGUCCCUUUUCUGCAACACCCUGUACCUUUUCUGCACCAUGUACUUUUUAAAUUUUGGUUAAAACAUUGUUUUUAAUUAUUUUUUAAUUAUUUUGAUUUUUUGUUUUUAACAUGGGCACAACUGUCAUUUCUUUUACUCUAUCAUUACUACCAUAGGAAUUAAGUUAUCGUUAAUUGGUAACAUGUUGGACUGUAAUACAAUCGUACAAUACUAGUACAUCAGCAAAGUAUUAAAAGUUUUAUGAAGUUUUGUUUCAAAUAACUUGAAACUCACUUCUCAUAGAAAGGCCACAAUUAGUGAAUAGUUAUCUGACCUUACCAGACUAAUUAAAACAAAACCUGCUACCAGGAAGUUUUUAAAGCUGCACAAUCACAAACAUACCGUUUUGAAAUCUCGUUGUAUCAGCCAUUUUUUGCGUAAAUGUGUGGAAACCAGUGAUAUAAGACAUCUGACAAAAGAUCAUGUCACAGUUUUUCAUAUGUAAGUUCCAAAAUAGAUGUUUUAUGGGUAGUAGCAUUACUAAUGCUUGAAGAUUUUUUUUUAGCCAUUUUUAUAAACAAUUGAGAUUUACUCUAUUGUGAGUUAUCUUACAUGACUGAAUUGAAGGCAUUGAUGUCAAAAUAAACUGAUACUGAGACUUUUUUAAAAAAAAAGAGGCCAAAACUGUCAAUCUGUAAGAGUGCAGCUUUAAGUCUAUCCAGUGGUCAAAUGUUUUUUUCUUUUCAUUUUUUCACAGUUUGGGUAAGCCCAGACAAAGUAAUUUCUUAUUUUGGUUUAUUAUGUAUUCAUCUUUAAUAUUUAACAUUUAGAAAUGCAUGUGCAUUUGAGUACGUUGGGUAUGUGCAAUUUUCUGAAACUGAUCAUGAACAGAUAAUGGCAUUAAGGAUGGAUUAUCGCUUUUGCUCUCCACCAUGGUAUUACGUAUAAAGUUGUAUAUCAUGUCAAGAACAAUGCGACAAGGCUUAGGUUGUGGUCAUGUUCUUGGCCACAUUGUAAAAAAAAUGAUACACUUGCUAAAAAUGAUACAGUUGUAGAUAAACUCGAAAACACCUACUAGUACCUUUCGAUAUUACUUUUUUUGUUUCUAAAGCAUUUUGGUGCCAUGCAUAUUUUUUCAAAGGGUCUCAUAUUUUGGUUUAAUUGUAACAAUAACUAUAAAAUUAUAUUUUUAAUAUUUUUGUGACUUGCAAUUAUAAAAAAGAUAUACCGGUAUAAGUUGUUCAUCAUUGAUAAGAUUCCACAUGGUAACACCCUAAGGAAAAGCUAAUACCAAUACAUAUGAUUACAGGCUGGUAGAUUUUUUUCAUAUUCCUGUAGAUUAUUUAGAGUUGGGCUCGAAUGUUUUACAUAUUUAGCAUAUUUUUUUUGUACCGAAAUAUGAGAUAGUGCUUCUUACACUGACCCAUAAAAGCUGAAUUAAAAAUAGUGCAGCAUGGAUAAUGGCUUCAAAACACAUGUUUGUCAAGGAUUUUUGUGAAGCAAGUAUACACUUCAACAAUAUAAUAUGCUUAAACAUAAAGGCUUGUUUCGCAAAGGUUAAACGUGUAAGUUAUAACUUGCACAAGACUGUACAUGUAUCACCCCACAUAUUGAGUUUGUAUCUUUUUCAGGUUAAUAAAGUUGUGUCCAUGGC